AUGCCUACGCCAAACUCCCACUCCCACUCCCACCCACCCCCGCAAUCUUCAACAACCGCAAUCGCCCCUCCACCUCCUCUCGGCCCGCGCGCAUCGCGUCUACACCAAGUAUUCAACCAAGCGCUUGCACGCACGUUGAAGGCGAACUCCUUUAACAACUUUGCCAGCUGUUUUCCCACGCCGGCGCGCCAUGUCCCGGCUAGUUUGGAGAGUGUUUGGAGGCAGUUGAAUGCCAAGUUGGAGGAGAGUGCGAAGGCGGAGUUCGAGGAGAUUGUUGAGGAGAGGGAGGCUGUUGCGCAUUUGAAUGAACUUGAUCGGUUGGUUUCUGAGGCUAGGGAGAGGAAGGAUGAGAGUGGUGAUGGGGAUCAGGAGGGUGAUGCUCCUCACACGCUUGGUGCUGAUGAGCUCUACAAGGCGCAUCUGACGCCUUAUCUCCGACAAGCACAGUCAACACUAGAUUCCAAACUUGAAGCUACACAUGCGCAGAAUGCGGAGCUGGCGCAGACGGUCCAGGCGCAACGAUUGGAGAUUGAGAGGCUCCUUUCUCAUAUUGAGUCUGUUGUUGCGGAUGUCGAGGGCGCUGCAUCUGCGUCUACGCAGUUCAGCCAGGAGAAUAAGAUCCGUGAAGAAGCGGUACAUAUGGAUGAGGAAGUCAACGCGCAUCCAGGUCUCUAA